AACUCUUGAGUCUCUCUGCACCUACCCCACCCUGCAGCUUCCAUUUGAGCAUGGAGCAUUACAACCCCCUAGGUAAAAUACAGGGGCUCAGCAUCAUGGGAGGAGAUUUGGAGAGGAGGGGUGUUUCUUGCAGUCCGAGGGUUGCUGUCCUUGGGAGGGGGAUUCGGAUUAGGCGUCAUCAAACUGGAUGGCCCGAGCUCUCGCUUUCUUUAGUUUUGUUGCCGCAGCCAGUAGGGUUGCAUCCAUUCAUCGGCCCUCGCAGAGAUGCCUUUGUCCAGGCUGUAUCCAACCCGACCCGGAUGUCACCUGACAGUCUCAUGUUGAUUUGUGAAUUUAGUUCAGUGCUAUUCUUAGCAGCGCUCGCUCCAGUGAGAGAGAGGGCAAGCGCAGGGCCAAGGAAGAGCGAGGAGAGACACUGGCAGAUCCACAACGAUGCCCAGCUGGCCCUCCCCCGAGCUGGAGCCCGGUCAGAUCCGCCUCAUCGUCUACCAGGACUGCGAGAGACGAGGCCGAAAUGUCCUCUUCGACUCCAAUGCCAAGAAGAGGAGUGCAGAAGACGCCUCGGUCACGAAGAUGUGCAGCGAAACGCAGGCUAAAAUGUUCGGGAAGUGCUGUCAGCUGAGGCCGACGGGGGGCAGCUCGAGCUCCCUGGACAGCAGCUCUUCCUGCGCAUCGGAGCCCAGAGAACACAGCCGAUUUCAGGGUGCGCCACGCUGCUCCUCAGAUGCCAACAUGCUGGGGGAGAUGAUGUUUGGCUCUGUUGCCAUGAGCUACAAAGGCUCCACGCUGAAAAUCCAUCAGAUCCGAUCCCCCCCACAGCUAAUGCUGAGCAAAGUGUUUACCGCGCGGACAGGGAGCAGCGUCUAUGGCAGUCUCAACACGCUGCAAGACAGCUUGGAGUUUAUCAGUCAAGACUCCAACACACUCAGGCCAGACCAGAGCACUGUGGUCAACGGCUUCCUGGGGAACAUAGGUUUCUCUCAACUCUGCAGCCCUCGCCGGGCCUUCUCUGAACAGGGCCCGCUCCGUCUCAUCAAGAGUGCCUCUUUCUUUUCAGGCCACAGUAACCCCAUGGACAUGCCUGGCCGAGGACUGUACGACGAGAGAGACAGCGGGAUUGCUCGAUCAGCAUCUCUGAGCAGUCUGCUGAUCACACCGUUCCCAUCUCCGGGCUCUUCCCUCACCAGUAGUUGUGCCAGUAGCUAUCAGCGGCGCUGGUUACGCAGCCAGACCACAAGCUUGGAGAACGGAGUCUUUCCCCGAUGGUCUGUGGAAGAGAGUUUUAACAUGUCUGAUGAGAAUGGUGGGCCAAGUCUUGGUGUAGCGAGGAAGAAGAAGAUAGCCAUUGGCGUCAUCUUCCUUCUGUCAUCCAAUGAAGAAGAGAACAGCAAGUUCCAGGACUUUUUCUUCUCACAUUUUCCUCUCUUUGAGAGCCACAUGAACAAACUCAAAAGUGCCAUUGAGCAGGCAAUGAAGAUGAGCCGACGGUCAGCUGAUGUCAGUCAGAGGGUCUUGGCUCACAGUCGCAUAGUGGACGGCCUCAAUGAAUUCAGGACGACCAUCUGCAACCUGUACACCAUGCCCCGCGUGACCGAGCCUGUCUGGCUCACCAUGAUGUCCAGUGCCACCGAGAAGAACCAGCUCUGUGGCCACUUCAUGCGUGAACUUGCCUCGCUCAUGGAACAAGCCUCAAAGAACCAGUUUCUUCCAGCUCUUCUCACAGCGGUCCUCACUAACCAUCUGGCCUGGGUGCCUACAGUCAUGCCCAAUGGACAGCCACCCAUUAAGAUCUUCCUGGAGAAGCAUUCCUCUCAGAGUGUGGACAUGUUGGCCAAGACUCAUCCCUACAACCCUCUUUGGGCUCAGCUCGGUGACCUGUAUGGCGCAAUUGGUUCCCCUGUGCGUCUGUCACGCACAGUGGUGGUGGGCCGGCGGCAAGAACUGGUGCAGCGACUCCUCUACAUACUCACUUACUUCAUCCGUUGCUCUGAGCUGCUGGAGACCCACCUCUUGGAGAGCGCUGAAGAUGAAGCCAUAGUCAUGCCUGGCUCACUCAUCACCACUUCUCUACGCCGUGGUGAGGUGGAGGAAUCGGACUACGUAUUGGUCACUGUGCACAAGCCCAACCACGACUACCUGUCCCAGGGCGCUGAGGCGGGGGACUGCUACCCCUCAGAGAGCAACAGUCUGCAGAGCAGCACUUACACAGACACUGAAAUGGGCCUUGGAGCUCCAGAAGAUCAGCUGCCUGAGCAGCAACUACUGCAUGUUAUACCAGUUAUCAAGGCGGAGGAUCACAGCGAUGGUAUGACAUGCCGAGAGGUGAGCAGCCUGCGCCCGGAAGCACGGCUGGAGACUAUGGUGAAGGUGGGUUCCACCUCUCCUAGGGAGAGUGGCCCCCUGCUGGACAUACAAGGACAGUCCGAGAAGUGCGAGCCUGAUAGCGAUGUUAGUGGCUUGUCUAUAAAGGUGUUUCGGUCAUCAGGGAUCCCACUGGAGAAGAAACCACCUGACAAGAGCCUGGCACCCACCUCUUAUCUGUUGGAUGAGGGAGAGGAGCCUGCUGCCAAAGUCACCUUCCUCAUCGGUGACUCUAUGUCCCCUGAAUCUGACAUGGAGAGCAGACAAGGGAAGGUGAUGGAGGAGUUUAAUAAGCACAGAAUGCACUUCAAAGAGGAACAGCAACAGCAACAUAACAGUGUUCAGCAGGACAAAGCCAAAGGCCUGUUGCCUAAGCCUCUGUCGGCGGACCAAAUCAAGACCAACGAGAGCAAGGAAGCCAAACAUUUGGUACGCGUUGCUAGCGAUAUUCCUCACGUUAGCUCUGGGGCCCAAGAGGAAUGUAUGGACUUGUUUGAUGAGUAUUUUAGUGAUGAUAACCCAGUGGAGACAAGGACUAUUGAUGAUGUCUCCCACAUGCUGUCUGAGAUGGCAACAAGCAAUGUGGACAAACUCCGCCAAGAUCCACAAGGGUCUCGGAUGGGCUCACUGCUUGGGACACAUGAACAGGUUUGUGAGCAGAGGGAGGGGGACCGUUGUAAGUGUAGCACAAGCAACACCACCAUAGGCUGCUGUACGACCUGCUGUUCUGCAGAGCAGGACAAAGGCAUUGGGAUUUCGCUGAGCGUACCAUCCCAAAGAGAGGUGGGGGACCAAAAGAAGGUAGCCCCAUUGAACGAUUGGGAGAUUCCACGAAAUGAGAGCUCAGACAGUGCCCUGGGAGACAGUGAAAGUGAGGACGCAGGGCAGGAGCUUCCCCGGCAAGAGCAAGACGGACAGUUCUUCGGUGAGGAGCAAGCUGACUGGCAAGAUGAGCUGGAAGUGCCCUUCCCUGGGGCUAAGCUAGUGGAAAAUUAUUCCAAACCAAGUAUUGCCAACUUUGGGAGAUCCUUGUUUGGAGGAUACUGUCCCACUUAUGUCCCUGACUUUGUUCUGCAUGGAAUACCCAAUGAAGACAAGCUGAGGCAGAGUCUUGUGUCUGACUUGUCUCAUGCUGUUCAGCAUCCUGUGUUGGAUGAGCCUAUCGCUGAGGCCGUCUGCAUUAUCGCAGACACAGACAGGUGGACGGUGCAGGUGGCUAGCAGUCAGAGACGAGCCACUGAAAACAAGCUGGGCAAAGAAGUGCUUGUGUCCAAUCUUGUGUCCAACCUGCUGCAGUCCACCUACCAGCUGUACCGUCUCAACCUUUCCCCUAAUUUUUGCAUAAUGCAUCUGGAGGACCGGCUCCAGGAGCUGUACUUCAAGAGUAAAAUGCUUGCUGAAUACCUGAAAGGACAGACCAGGGUGCAUGUCAAAGAGUUGGGCAUGGUUCUAGGGAUCGAAUCCAGUGACCUGCCACUGUUGGCUGCCAUUGCAAGCACGCAUUCGCCGUACGUGGCCCAGAUCUUGCUUUAGGUGACGUUAGAAGUGAUACGGACACAUUUUCACUUCUCCACCUGCAGGGACCAUAGAGUCCAUGCUUAAAAGGCGUGGACUAUCCAUGGCUGGAGCACCUUGAAGCAUCAGAAACCCUUUGGGGUUCACAGCCGGAGCUAGUCCUUAGCAACUGCCUACAGGAAUGACAGGCUGCAGGAUAGACUCUCUACCACAAGGUGGCACCAGAGCUUGCUGUUUCUGUUCUGAAGUUUGGGAGGCAGUAUCAGAUUACCCAGGAACUCACUGAACUGGGGAAUAUGUGACUUCAUUUUUUAAAAAACACUUGUAAAAGUGGACUUUAACUGUAUUUUUAUAUACAGAUCUUUUUGUUUUAGCCCUUUCCUUCUGCAAGAACAAGGAACCCCAAAUGCAGGUGACUUUUAUAGGGGGAGAUAAGGUCGAAAUUCACAUCGGUGCACCACCUGUAGGAAGCCAAGGCUUUUUCAUGUGGAUUACUGAUAUGAUCAGUUGUAUU